AUGUUUUGUAUGAGAGCCUAUGGCGCCAGUGCCUGCUGCAGGACAGACAAAUGGCUUCGAGCCUCCACCAUCCUCUAUUCUGGCCACGCACGUUGUCCAUGGAAAUGGAGUGACUGAUUUGGAUCGAGACAAUUUCAACCAACUGCUGGCUGAAGCACUAGGAACCGAUGACCAAGGUCAGCCCAAUCUGGGCGCCGACGUGGCCGUCAACCACAAGUUGAUCUGCAUCGUCUUCCAGAUCGGCAUCGAGCGUAUUCUUGAAGAAGACCCUUUCCGCUCCACGACCGCUGCAGGUAGGGGCGACUCUCAAUUCCGAACGUGCCUUGAAGUCCUUCAAGUCGCUAUCGAAAGAUCUCCCCAGGUUGUCUACGUAAAGUCAGAUGCCCAGGGCAGGCCCACCACCGGGAAUGGACGCCCUCUCUAUGCCUGGCUGAUCCCGACACUUCUUCCGUUGGUCGCCUCAGCCCAGGCAAAUGUGGCCAGGGAUGUUGUUCUCGAAUUGUUCAGUUCAAUGGUGGAAGCUGACAGAAAAUGUACAACCACGUAUUCGUGCGAUAUCGUUCUUGACUUUCUCAGGAAUUGCGUUUCCGGCAUUCUCUGCAUCGCCGAGUCACUACCGACUGCUCAGCCGAACAAAACCAUAGUCGUCGAUGGGGAAGACUUUGCCUCUACAGUUUCGAGAAUCACAAAUGGCCUCGAAAUCAACGUUCCGAGCCUCAAGUUUUCGUCCUUGCAACAGCUGUUACUCGGACUGGCCCAAGUUUUGAAAGUGGUAUCUAGAUACUCUGAAUCGCCACAAACCAAAGUUCAGUUCCGCAAAGUCUUCUCGCGAUUUCGGCAGUUCGCCGAAGAAAACGAGAACCUGAUAACGGGCAGUGAUCAUGCUGAGAAUCUCAGUCAUGAAAUCCGUAUUUUGAGUAUCACACCUCCCGCGCCGCCAAGAAUGCUGUUCAAAGACACCUACGCGCCCUGGCCUGAUGGUGACCGAGCACGGAAGCGAUUACGUUUGUCAACCGAUGCCGAGGAUGGAGUGUUGAAUGGUAGCUUGCAACAGAAAGUCUGCCGCAGACUGACCUCAGAGUUGACUGGGAGCGCAGCUCCUGAUCUUGAUGGGCUGAGCAAAACGUCAGCUGAGAACUUCAAACACCUGUCAGAAGAGAAACAGUGCAAUGCACUCGGCUUGCUAGGCCUGACCGCGUGCCAGCUUGCUUCGCCCACUUUGGAUAGCUAUUGUCCGAUGUGUGAUGAGGAUUGCGAAACAAAGGGUGCUGGUCCCAAUCCGGCUUCACCUGUGAGCCAAGAACUACUCAAGACUUUGAUUGUCCUCAUUCAGGCAAUCUCGCGCCGUUCCCGAGCCAGAAUAAUUGCCAUGUCUUCUCUCCGUCGAAUCAUCAUGCACACAAACUCGACCGAAGACUUGAAGCUCGGCCAAACACCUGCCGGUGACUGGUGUCUCCAGUCCCUCAAGAGCUCCUCCCGAGACCUGAGAAUAGUCGCAGGUAGAACCUUGCAGGCCUACGUGAUGAGGAGAAAGCACCACGACUUGUCUCUGGCGCGAGAAAACAGAAUAACGGCAUUGGACUUCCUGGACAGUUUAUGGCAGAAAGGAGAUGCUUCCCUGCAGGAAACCACAGUCAUGGCUCUCACGCAGAUGGCUAAAGUUGUCGGGGAUGAAGAACUAAACAUCAUCCUGGUCCGACUCGUGGAAUACCUUGGGCACACCAACCCAUACCUCAGUGGUUUGGUAUAUGCUGAGAUUCAGCAUCUUGCUCAAUCCUUGCAAAUCUCAGUAUGGCUCCUCUUUCGACCGUUCUGGCGGACUCUUGGUGUGGUAUUCGCCAAAUCCUUGAUGUCCCGACCGAAUAUUGCUCAUCAACUAUCCGAUCUACUGGGGAUGGACAUUACCGGUCUGAUGGGGCACGCUGCUGAAUUCGCUCUCCCUUAUCUGGUCUUACACAAAGCAAAGGAUGUGAUAAGGAAAUUCGCUGAGGCGAAUGGGCAAUCAACUACCCUCUUCGACUUGUGUACGCACAGGCAGAAUCUUAUUGCCAUCCUGUCGUUCCUGCUCGUCCAGCCUUUUCCUGAAGCGGAACAAUCCAUUAUCUCAAUCCUGUCGGACGUAUCUGAAGACUUUGGGAAGACUGACCUUGCAGAUUGGGUCGCUCUGGAUCCCAUCCACAUCACCUGCGAGCUCCUUAAGGCUAUCGGAGAUAGUGGCCAGGGCAAAUCUUCCCGGAUUUAUCGAGCUCUGCAGUUGUUGGCACAGCUGGUCGCUCGUCAACGUGGACAAUCAUCUGGGACGAGGCGCAGUGAUAGCAUGGGAACCUUCCUAGAGAAUAAUGUUCUCGCAAUCGUCACACAUUUUACUGUUCUCCUGAAUGAUCUGGAGGCAAAGGAGUCCAAGGUCGAUAAGAGGCGAUGUCUCGCCGCUCUUGGGGAGGUAGUCAAACUGGGCAAAACCCGGAUUGUGCGAGCUCUUCCUCAGAUUUGUGCUUGUCUCAGAUCCGGGUUGGACGACCCCGAUCUCUGCGACGCUGCCUUUACCUCUUGGGCUGCCAUGGUCAAAUCACUCAAGAGAGAUGAUUUGAGACCUCUCAUUGACCAGACUCUGGCUAUUAUUGUUCGAACGUGGGAUGCGCUCGACAGUCCGUCCCACCGUUUAGCACAUAACCUUGUCGGCGAUCUACUCAAAAACCACACAGAUAUCGUGCGAGAGCACUUUGCCACAAUGCCGUCAUUAGCUUCAAUUCCGGUCAUGGCCAAGUUCGAAUCUGAGAUAAUGGCCCUAAAAGGUCAGAUGGAUGAGCGUCACCAAAUCAUUGCUUAUAUCCAGAGACUGCAAGACGAGAACAUUGCCGUGGUUGAACAAGCUCUGGUUGAGUUAGCGCCACUUCUAUAUCAGAAACAAGAUCUUCUCCAGAGAUCCAUCCUCAGGGAACAACCCGAUGAGUUCGUGGCCGACUUGACUCGUGCAUUACUGGAUUGUUGCGUGAAGUUCAACACAAGCAAUGAGGUCUCAAGGCUGUGUGGGCAGUGCCUAGGCAGUAUAGGAUGCAUGGACGCCAGCAAGAUCGAAAGCCUGAGAGAUCGCAAGACAAUGGUUGUCCUUGCAAAUUUUGUAAGUGCAGACGAAGUCAUCGAGUGGAUUUUCUUCUUCUUGCAGCACGUCCUGGUCAAAGCCUUCUUGUCUGCGAAUACAACGAGAGCUCAAGGCUUCCUCGGCUGGGCGAUGCAGCAAUUCUUGAACUCUUGCAGGCAGGAUACGUCGACGGACGAAUCCGGCAACCUGGCGUCAAGCCUGUGGAAUCAGCUGCCUGAAUCCACUCAGAACGUAUUGACACCGUUCAUCAGCUCCAAGUAUACGGUGCAGGAGGUUCGGGCGCCUGAGAAAAGUCAUUAUCCUCUUUUCACCCCUGGCAUGAAGCACCGCGAUUGGCUGCGAACGAUCACAUUGGACUUCCUUCACAGAAGCACCGGAGACAACGUCGAAAUUAUCUUUUCCAUUUGUUGUCGCAUAAUCCAUGGUCAAGAUGCUUCCAUUCCAGCUUUCCUUCUGCCGUAUGCUGUGGUCAAUCUCAUUGUCAGUGGCAUAGAGCAGGACAGUCAAGAUAUUAUAGCCGAGAUCAGUUCAAUUCUCAGCCAGUCGCUAGACGAUCAUGAUCGGAGAGUGCAGGACGACAUCAAGUUGUGCAGUCAGACAGUCUUUGAAAUCCUUGACUACAUGUCUACAUGGCAACAACAGAAGCGCAAACAGUAUGCCAUGGCUCUGGCAAAGUCAGAUCGUGGACUGAAUGAUCUGCUCUUGGGCAAAGCUGCGGACCAAAUACGCAGUAUCGAGCGAGUGCUAGAGCAGAUUCCGCCUGAUGUUCUUGCUCGACGGGCCUUAGAAUGCAGAUCUUAUUCGAGGGCUCUAUUUCAUUGGGAGCAGCAUAUCCGCAAAAGCAAAAAAGACGACGUCGAAGCCGAGCUCCAGAGACUGCAAGAUAUCUAUGCUCAGAUUGAUGAACCAGACGGUAUUGAGGGCAUUUCUUCUCGGAUGCACGUACUCGAUAUUGAACAGCAAGUCUUGGAGCACAAGAAAGCAGGUCGGUGGACCGCUGCUCAAAGCUGGUAUGAAAUGCAACUUGUCGCUUCUCCAGAUGACAGUGAUGCGCAAAAGAACUUAAUGGCUUGCCUCAAGGAAUCCGGGCAGUAUGACGCCCUCCUCCAUCAUUUCGACGGCAUUAAGAGCCGCAGCAGCAGUUCCGCGACUUUACUGGCCCCUUACGCCCUCGAGGCCGCGUGGGCAACAAGCCGUUGGGAUCUGCUAUCCAAUUACAUUCCUCAAGAGGUUGGACACGACUUUUCUUCUCACGUUGCAGAAAUCAUGCUGGCCGUCAACAACAACGAUGAGGCAAGAGUCACUCAGCUACUUUCGGAAGUGUAUCGCACCACCGCCUCUGAACUAAACUACAAUAGUAUUUCUUCAUUCCAAGCCAGCCACGACACGCUUCUACGCUUGCAUGUACUCAGCGAUAUGCAAUUGAUCGCCGAAAGCCCUAAGGAAGAUCGUGCAACCGUUCUGGACACCCUACGCGGCCGUCUCGAUGUGCUCGGAUCCAACGUUGCCGACAAACAGUAUCUCUUGGGGAUCCGCCGGGCUGUAAUGUCUCUCAGACCAGAUAUGUUCGCUCUAAAUGAUGUUGCGGCCGCAUGGCUCUCAAGCGCUCGACUCGCGCGCAAAGCACGUUCAACCACCCAGGCUUUCAAUGCUGUUCUCAAAGCUUCUGUGCUAGGUGACAAGUCUGCAGCAAUUGAACAGGCAAAACUGAUGUGGUUGGAAGGGCACCACCGGAAAGCCAUCCAAACUCUUGAAGGAGCCAUCGAGUCGGGGGCAUUCGUGGCCCAUGAUUACGUGGCUGACAACGGACCGACAACAAUGACGGUGGAGCAACGCCACUCUCAAAAUGAAAUCACUGCCAAAGCACACGUUCUACUCGGAAAAUGGCUGGCACAAGCCGGUCAAACCCAAUCGGAAGUCAUCAGGAAAACAUUCAGGAAAGCAACAGAAACCUUCAGCAAAGGUGAGCAAGGAUGGUAUCACCUUGGCCGCUACUACAACAAAGUUCUUGACUCGGAAAGAGCAAUGCCUCCUGGCAAAGAGAGCCAAACCUAUCUGACGGGAGAAACGGCGAAACAUGUUAUCGAAAACUAUCUACGAUCGCUCCUCACUGGGAGCAAAUACGUUUUCCAAACUCUUCCCAAAGUAUUGACGCUCUGGUUCGAGCUGGUAGAUGGGAUGGACCUUCCAAGAGAUGACCGUCGAGGUAGCGCCGAGUUUCACUCCAAAGUUGCGGCACAGCGAAAACGCAUCAUUGAGGAGACGAACAACCAGAUCAAGAAGUAUACCGACCGUCUACAGCCAGUUUUACUCUACACCAUUCUGCCGCAGAUUGUUGCUCGGAUAUGCCAUCCCAGCAAAGUCGUCUGCGAGAUUCUCACCAGUAUCGUGGUUAAAGUAGUGAAAGCAUUCCCACAACAAGCAUUCUGGACGUUGUUGGCAGUGGUUGAAUCACAACAGAAGGAGCGGGCGAUCAAAGGUUUGACCAUUGUCAACAAGAUUGUCGAGGUCACGAAGAAAUCCAGCAAGGACUCAUCCGCAGCCGAGCUCAGGAGCAUGUUCACCAGUGGUCAAAAAUUCGUCAAAGAACUCCUUCGUGUCUCUGAAUUUGAAAUCAGAAACAAAGUCACCAAAAUCAGCCUCGCCAGAGAACUUGGUUUCAACCACAAAAUCGCCCCUUCGAAAUUGGUGGUGCCUAAUCAAGCUUGUCUCAUUCCCAGCAUGCCCACGAGCUUCGAAGCGGCACAGCUUAAAGCAUUUCGUCCUUUCGCCAAAGAACCCAUCACCAUCAGCGCCUUUGUUGACGAAGCUCUUGUGUUAGCCUCUCUUCAGAAGCCCAGAAAGCUCACUAUUCGUGGGUCUGAUGGAAACAUGUACUCCGUUCUUGCCAAACCGAAAGACGAUCUCCGCAAAGACCAACGGCUUAUGGAGUUUAACAACAUGAUCAACCGCUUUCUCAAGCGUGACGUUGACGCCGCCAAACGGAGACUCUAUAUUCGCACCUAUGCCGUGAUUCCAAUGAACGAAGAAUGCGGCUUGAUUGAGUGGGUGGACAAUCUCAAAACCUUCCGCGACAUCAUUCUCAAGCUGUACAAGGAUAAGUCCAUCCAUCCGAAUUACAUUGAGAUUCGGAAUUUGCUAGACGAAUCUUGCUCAGGAGAUCCCGAGAACGCCAAAAUCUUCACGAACAAAGUCAUCAAGAAGUUCCCACCUGUUUUUCAUGAGUGGUUCGUCGAGAGUUUCCCUGAUCCGAGCGCGUGGUUCAAUGCGCGGUUGAGAUAUACUCGAUCCGCUGCGGUAAUGUCAAUCGUGGGCCACGUCUUGGGCCUCGGGGACCGGCAUGGCGAGAACAUCCUCUUUGAAGAAGACAACGGCGGGACUUUGCAUGUGGACUUCAACUGUCUCUUUGACAAAGGCCUCACGUUUGAGAAACCCGAGAUGGUCCCGUUCCGGCUGACCCACAAUAUGGUCGACGCCAUGGGCGCGUACGGAUACGAAGGACCGUUUAGGAAGUGCUGCGAGAUCACGCUGACACUCCUGAGGUCGAACGAGGACGCCCUCAUGACCAUCCUCGAGACAUUCCUCCACGACCCCACCACGGAUUUCAUCAACUCGGCCGGACGCAAGAAAAAAGUCGUCUCGGGCGUGCCCAGCACCCCGGUCGAGGUGCUCGAGGGCGUCAGCGGCAAGGUCAGGGGCAUGUUGCCCGGAGAGUCGGUACCCCUGAGCGUGGGCGGCUACGUUGACGAGAUGAUCAGUAGGGCGACGGACCCUCGCAAUCUAUGCAGGAUGUACAUCGGCUGGUGUGCUUUCUUUUAAUGGUCGUCGCUAUCAAUUCGAGGACGCGCCGACGCCUUUUGCCUCGAGGUGUUUCGAGUGGUGGCUUAAUUUUUCAUGGCGGCAUGAUUGCGGAGACGAUAGAAAUUCCGACGGAUAGGGCAGGUGCGACCACGGAUCCUAUGGUUCAGGUUCAGGUGUGUACAGAGUAGUUGUCGCCGCUGGAGACUGGGUGUAGUUUGGAGAGCAUCAUGGGUUACGAUUAUCUUUGAACAUACGGCGGUUUUAUCAUAACGC